CAAACACACAUACACCAGCUCAACAGAUUGCAAAUGAAUGGAAUAUGGCUAAAACAAGCAAAACUUUUUGUUGUCAGUCGUGAGGUGGUAACUGAAUAGAACGGGUUAACGUUACGGAAAGUGUUGAAUAAAGUUUAAACUAAAAGAAAGGAAAACUACGUUUUUUUUUGGGAAAGUAUAUAAUUUUGGAGACUUUUAAAAGAGAAAUAAUAAAAAUAUAAAUAAAAACGUAAACAAACAACCAGUGGGGAGUUAGUUUAAGAGACUGGCAUCUGUAACAGCAAAAAAAAAAAAAACAACAACGAUUUUUUUUAAUGUUAAUGCAAAAAUUGUGAAUGAAGCAAUGUUGAAAUAACCAUAAUUUUCAAAUAAUUAUAAUUAAGUCAACAACAUUGAACAAAUUCAUUCACAAAAAGCACGACAAUCAAGAACAAUAAACACCUCUUUCCAAAAAUAAAACAUUAAAAACAAAAGAACUAUUUUAAAUUCCACCCAAAAUAAACCCAAUCUAGCAGUAGUUUCCAGGAAAAUUCUACACACAGAAGAUCCCCACAAAUAGAAAAACAAAAUGAACGAAAAAUAUUCUAUAAAACUGUUGCCGUUAGCGGCUCUACUAGUCAUGAGUUGUCUACAAUUUGUUAAUGUAACAGCACAAUCGAAUUAUGUGCAACAUGGUGAUAGUGGAAACUAUACAACAAAUGGUUUACCCGAGGAAGCCACGCUCGAUGGAAAGGUUACCAAACUAGACGAUAUUAGUCCUUUGAUUUUUUUAAAUCGUACUAAAGCAGCCCUUAAUUGUGCAGCCGGUUCUAUGCAGGUUGAUAUGAAAUUUAAUGAACCCUUUCAUGGUAUUAUACAAGCUGAUUACGAUCGUAGCAGUGCUUGUCGUGUUAAUGGUAAAGGUGCAUUAACUUAUAGAUUGGAAUUGCCAUUGAAAGGAUGUGGCACUCUGCAGAAUCCAACACGUGUUUUUACCAAUAAUAUUAUUGUACGUUUUCAUGCCAAUUUGGAAAUGGAUGGUGAUGAGAUUAUAACAAUUGUAUGUCGUUAUCCCCCACCAAUACCAUCACUGCCACCUGCCUUACCAGCUCCCAUCUUAAAUCCCAUUGCUGCUGGUACUGUGGUCCAACCGCCAUUGAAGGGCAUUCAAAUCCUAAUGAUUAUAUGUGCUAUCAUGUUCUUAACUUUAUUGUUGUUGGGUUUGGCCGUUUCAUAUUAUUGCUUGCGUAGCCGUCCUAUACCAGUGGUUCGUCGUCUUCCUAUGUCAAUGGGAAGUGGUUCAGAAAUUACUAAACUCAGUGGCAGUAGUUUGGGUGGCAUUGGAGACUUUGAAGGUGUUAAAAUACCUAGAGCUCAUGCCCCCUUAAAUACGGUUCAUAGUUCUUCGGGUAGUGAAGGUGCUUUAAUACCUUCCGACUAUCCCAGCGAAUCACAUUCCGAAAUUGAAGAAAUCGAUACGAGAUCCCUGCCUUUCAGCUCAGCUGGAAGUUUCGAAAAUCGUGCUUUUGUCCAAGAGACUUCAAGCAUUUAUAGCGAUCAUUAUGGUCAUACACAAGAGGUACAAGCUGCCAAUGCGGUCGCAACUGCCAUACCUCGUCAUCCCAUUGCCGUCAAAGAAACCUCAUCGCCGAAAUUCGAUGUUCAAGUACGUGUUAAGAAAUCACCACCCCCACCACCUUCUCCACAAACUUCGGAUACCGAAAGUGUGGCUACACUACGUCCCGAUCGCAAUAAUCUUUCUACAAUUAUGGAAACUCACGAAGACCGUGAAAGUAUUGUUACAAUGGAAUCACUGCCAGAUCAAGAGGAAACUGUACACACACAAUUUGUCUACACACCCGAUAUACACUCUGCACCCCAACAUUCUGAAAUUACAGUGCCACCACCACCACAACCUGUGUUCUCCGUCUAUACUCGUACGCAUCAUGAAGUGGUUGAUGGCCGUCCUGAAACCUGGUCUGAUUACACAGAUGGUCCAGCUUUGAGUGAAAUUACCGAUGUAACUUCUCGUGCUCCUGAUUUGCAUUCGGUGGCUGAAAUGGUCGAUACUUCACACUUUGUCGAAACGGAAUAUAUACCACCAGAACCUCCAAUUGUCAUUAAGAAACCUCAGAUAACCUCUCAUACAGUGGAUGAUGUAUAUUUGCGUACCAUUACUGAGAAGAAGACUAUUGAAGACAUUGAGUCUCAUAAACGUAAGAUAACUGAAUACAAGGCUAAAGCUAAGCCACUGCCACCACCCAUACCCGAUCCAACUUGGGAUGUUAAGAUACGCAAUUAUCCCACCGAACGUGAACAGCAACAAUGGGAGAAUUUCUCAGAUAUUUCUAGCGUUUCUGGUCUAACAUUGACCCCAAAAAUGGAAAGAUCCGAAUUGUCAUUGCCUCCCAUGAAACACACUGAACUACCACAACAGAUCUAUGAUAAUAAACAACAAUUGACAAGCCCUCAAUUGGUAGGUAACAUGAAACCCAUUGAAAUACCACCAGCCGAUAAAGCUGUACCCAACUGGGAUGUAUUGAUAAGAAUCUUAGAAGAACCGGAAAUGUCAGAGGCUGAUGAUGCCAGUUCUGUACACUCAAGUGUGCAUCCCUUGACACGUUAUCUCAGCUAUGAUGAUAAGACCAAAUGGAAAGAAAUUAUUACCACUGAAUCAUCAUUGCGUACCAUGUUAACGGAGGCUGUGGUUAAGGAAGAUUUCGAACGUAUACGUUCGGAUACCAGAUAUGAACGUAUAUUUGAACCUCAAGCUUGGGAUGUUAUCAUACGUAUUUUGGCUCCUCCCUCUGAUGAUGAAGGUGAUGUUGAGCUCAGAGCUCCUAAGCGCGGCAAGAAGACCCAACCUUGGGAUACACGUUCCAGACGUAGCUCUCUACCUACCCUCUAUGAAUAUGAUAGUGAUGGUGGUUCUAGUGUACGCACCAUACGCAUGGAUCCUUCAAUGCCCAUCAAUCCUAAUGCCUUUAAUACACAACGUUCCAGAAGAUCUUCACGUACUUCUUACCACACCGAUCACAAUGAUUUCCGUUCUAUGUCUGAGGUGACCGUAGACUUUGGUAGAUUAGACAAUAUGUCUAAUGCUAGUUCAUAUUAUCCCAUGCAAUAUGAUGACGAUGAUAUGUCCGAAAGACGUUCAUUCCACAGAUCUGUAAGUCAUCCUUCGUUGGCUCGAUCAAAUAGUGAAUUCACCGAACACUGGGCAGCACCAGAAGAUAUGUCAUCACCAGAGGGAACUCCUACACCAAGAAGAUCACAAAAAUUGACCACAUUCCAACCACGCGGAGUGCCAGCACCACCACCACCACCCCGUGCCGGACGUAUGGUAGCUCAAACGCAAAGUGAAUAUGUUGAAACAAGACGUACUUCAUCCUACCGCACCGAUACUGAACCUAGACCCAGAGAAUGGUAAAAAAUAGUUAAACUCCUUGAAGUUGUAAAAAGUUUAGAAGCGGCAGGAACCGCUAGAUAAGAAUUAAAUGAGACAAAACUUCCAGCUUACAGUUCUCUUAAUGCCUCCCUAUUUCUUAUAAGGGUUUUAAAAUAAUGCUCUAGUUUUUACACUGGUCUUAAAUAAAACUUUGUUUUCUCUAACGUUUUCUUUCUCUCUAUCUAUCUCUUUAUUGAUUUAUUUUGCUUUUUCUUGCUUUGUUUAACAAUUUUGCUUUGCUUUUUAAUGCUACUUAUACACUGAGAGAAAUUUAGUUUUACAAAUAAUUUCUAA